CGGCUGCGAAAGACUCAAGAUUGCGCUUGAGAAGAUUGUCCCUUGUCGUUCGCCGUACAUUUCUCUGAAGAUUGACGCCGUAGCUGCUGUGCGCUGUUCUGAGAUAAAGAAACGGGAUCAUUAUAGUACAGGAAUCUAAAAUAUCGCCCACUAGUCGAUCGCAGCUGAGGAACCACGCAGCUGAUCUUCUCACAGUCACAACAUGGUGAACGUCCACAAAGGAGUCCUUGUUGAAUGUGACCCUGCCAUGAAACAGUUCCUCCUCUACCUCGAUGAAACGAUGGCUCUGGGAAAGAAGUUCAUCCUUAAAGAUCUGGAUGACACGCAUGUUUUCAUCCUAGCAGAGGUGGUUCAAACGCUGCAAGACCGAGUCGGGGACUUAAUGGACCAGAAUUCAUUCCCUAUUACACAAAAAUAACCAUCCGGUUCAAGGAAUUCCUCUUUAUACGGACUUCUUGUUUUCUUUUUUUUUUUAUUUCCAGUUAUUUGCAAACUCUAGGAAAACUGGGGCAUCUGCAGAUUCUCUUGGAAAAAUUGUGAAUAAACUCAUUUACACUGGA